UUAAUUUUCACUAAAAAUUCUGCAAUUGUAUCGUUCCCUCUAUUACACUAAAACCUUAAAAAGAAAAAAAUUGAGCGUCUCUUUUUGUUAUUCCUCUCAAAAUCUUGGCUAGCCAUCUCUAUCUCAUCUUCAUUGUUUGCGACUUUCGACUGUGACUUUUCAAUGGAGGCCACGGCCGCCGCAGCUGCUGCUCGCGGCGUUUCUCUUCAGUUGCAGACUCGGCCGAGGAAAGAAUGACGCGUUGUUUCUGAACAUCAUCAUUCUGCCAGAAACCCUGACGGCGAGAUCAAUGGAAGCCUGGUCAUUCACGCGAAAAUUUGUCAGUUAAUGUUCAAGUAUUUUGCAAUUGUUGAAACUGGGCUAUUUCCCUAAGUGAAUUUCAUAUUGAGUAGUGUUUUUUCCCACUGAAGAAGAGGGUUCUGAUUUGCAGAGAGUAAGAGAAGAGAGUUUCAUUGAAGUUUUGGUUAGAACUGUGGUGAAUCACUAAUGACAUUAAUUGAAGAGUGUUCGCAAUUGAUUUUCUUGUUUGGAAAUGGAUUUGAAUGGAGUCUUGCUAAAAGUCUGUCAACACACAUGGCCUCUCAGCAGAUAACAGAAGAAGCUGUUUACCUUUGCACUGGAAAUCCAUUGCCCAAAGACAUUGAGCAAAUAUCUUACUGGCUUCUAAAUGAACAAUAUUCAGAGAGCUUUAAAAGAAUUAAUGAUAUGAAAACAAGGAAAGGACUGACCCUUGUUGAUAUUGUAAGAGAAGUGACAAUCUUGACAUUCCAGCUCAAUCGCAAUGCCUUCUUCACAUGCCUAUGUGUUCUGCUCUUUGCAAUGAGUCAACCCUGCAGUAUAAUCCUGAUAAAGGGAAGUAUGAAAAAAUUGACCAUAUCAAAGCCUGUUUCGCAUCCCUCUGAGCUUCCUAAGUGGAAUUAUGAUAGAUCUAGCACUGGACAAGCCCUUGGUGAAGAUAGUGAAGUGAUCCUAUAUCCUCAAGCAAUUUUCAAAGAUCAUUUCCGUGGAGGAAACAAUAUAAUGGUCUUUGCGAUGCGUAUACACCAGUAGGCGAGCCUAUCCCUACAAAUAAGAGACACAAAGCUGCUGAAAUCUUCAGUAACCCCAAAGGUUGAUGCCGAAAUUCCAUGUUAUGGUCGAAAUUAGCUAUUAGGAGCUGGCUUAGUGCAAAGAACAAUUCUGAAAAAAUUUCUUUAGACGACAGUGAUAAAGACUCUGCGACAGAAACGAGGAAAAGUUGCUCAGAACAAGAUAGUUACAUCCUCGUACCAGAUAAUUUCUCUGCAUUAUGGUUCCAUGAACGUAUGCGUUCCCUGCUUACAGUCGGACUAUUUCUACUCUGAUGCACUAGUGCUUGUGUCGCACCUGAACCGUUCUGUAUUGCUUCUAUAACUCAGGUUUCGAACUGUGCGCAGCUUCUCCUUGAAUGGCUGGAGCCUUGUAACAUAGUUUUGAGUUUUGGCAUGUUUGGACUCGUUGAAUCAGCUGGAAAUUGGUAUGAAUAUCAAUUAGAAUUGUUAGUGAAAUGUUGGCUAUGCCUCAGUCACACUGAGUUGGCAGUUAAUGGCUAGAGUUUAUAGUAAAGGCUGGUUCAAAGUUCAAUUGGUUGAAUGUCUUGUUUGGUUUUUUAAAUUACUAGUUUUUUUUAAUCUUGAAAAAAACUGAUACCUGACCUCUGAUAUUCUUUUAGGAUGCAAUUGAAAUAAACUUCACGUGUCCUCAUGGUAUGCUGGAAUGCAAAAUGGGUGUUGCUGUUAGACAUUAAACUGAAGCUCAAAAAUUGAGUUGAUCAAUAUUUUCCUAAGUAUGAUGCUUUAUAAUGGGAUUUAGCUUAGUCAUAAAUCUAACAUCUUUUUGUUUACUGCAGUGCCUAAUUGAUGAAGUUUUGGGAUGAUUUGGAGGCAUAAAUGCAAAUGAUCUACUGCCUACUAGGGAUAGAUUAGUUAGCUUAUGAUCAAUUUGAACAUUUUGAUAAUGAAUAUUUAAUGAAAGAUAUUCUUUCAAUUGUAAGGAAGUAAAAGGGAUUUUGAUUGGCUCCCGAGUUUUGGGAUUAGAUUGUA